GUUUUGUUUCAUAUACAGCUCCAGAAUGGCAGAAGACGAUCCGUAUUUGGGAGGACAUGAACAAAUGUUUCAUUUGGAUCCUUUGAAUCAUACAAUAUUUAAUCCAGAAUUAUUUCAACCACAGAUGCCACUGCAGACGGCAGAUGGCCCAUAUCUUCAAAUAUUAGAGCAACCUAAACAGAGAGGAUUUCGUUUCCGCUAUGUCUGUGAAGGCCCAUCUCAUGGUGGACUCCCUGGUGCAUCUAGUGAGAAGAACAAGAAGUCCUACCCUCAAGUCAAAAUCUGCAACUAUGUGGGACCUGCAAAGGUUAUUGUUCAGUUGGUCACAAAUGGAAAAAACAUCCACCUGCAUGCACACAGCCUGGUGGGGAAACAUUGUGAGGAUGGGAUCUGCACUGUGACUGCUGGACCCAAGGACAUGGUGGUCGGCUUUGCAAACCUGGGUAUACUUCAUGUGACAAAGAAAAAAGUAUUUGAAACACUGGAAGCACGAAUGACAGAGGCAUGUAUUAGGGGCUACAAUCCUGGACUUCUGGUACAUCCUGAUCUUGCCUACUUGCAAGCAGAAGGUGGAGGAGACCGGCAGCUCACUGAUCGGGAAAAGGAGAUUAUCCGCCAGGCAGCUCUUCAGCAGACAAAGGAGAUGGACCUCAGCGUGGUGCGGCUCAUGUUUACAGCUUUUCUUCCAGACAGCACCGGCAGCUUCACAAGGCGCCUGGAACCCGUAGUGUCAGAUGCCAUCUACGACAGCAAAGCCCCCAACGCGUCCAACUUGAAAAUUGUAAGAAUGGACAGGACAGCUGGAUGCGUAACUGGAGGAGAAGAGAUUUAUCUUCUCUGUGACAAGGUUCAGAAAGAUGACAUCCAGAUUCGAUUUUAUGAAGAGGAAGAAAAUGGUGGAAUCUGGGAAGGAUUUGGAGAUUUUUCCCCCACAGACGUUCAUAGACAAUUUGCCAUCGUCUUCAAAACUCCAAAGUAUAAAGAUAUCAACAUUACAAAACCAGCCUCCGUGUUCGUCCAACUUCGGAGGAAAUCUGAUUUGGAAACCAGUGAACCAAAACCUUUUCUCUACUACCCUGAAAUCAAAGAUAAAGAGGAAGUGCAGAGGAAGCGGCAGAAGCUCAUGCCCAAUUUCUCAGAUAGUUUUGGCGGCGGCGGUGGUGCCGGGGCUGGAGGCGGAGGCAUGUAUGGCAGUGGCGGUGGAGGAGGGGGUGCUGGAAGCACGGGUCCAGGAUAUGGCUUCCCUCACUAUGGCUUUCCUACAUAUGGAGGAAUUACCUUCCAUCCUGGAACCACUAAAUCUAAUGCUGGAAUGAAGCAUGGAACCAUAGACACCUCAUCUAAAAAUGACCCUGAAUACUGUGACAAGAGUGAUGACAGAAAGGCUGUAAAUCUCUCUGGGAAAGUAACCGAAACCACAGAGCAAGAUAAGGAGUCCGGCAAUUGGGGUGAUGAGGCUGCUCUGACGUAUACAGUGGGAGUAAAGGAAGAGAACGCUAGGUUUCAGGAUAACCUCUUUCUAGAGAAGGCUGUGCAGCUUGCCAAGCGGCAUGCCAAUGCCCUAUUUGACUACGCAGUGACAGGAGAUGUGAAGAUGCUGCUGGCUGUCCAGCGCCAUCUCACUACAGUGCAGGAUGAGAAUGGAGACAGUGUCUUACACUUAGCAAUCAUCCACCUUCAUGCUCAACUUGUGAGGGAUCUGCUAGAAGUCACAUCUGGUUUGAUUUCCGAUGACAUUAUCAACAUGAGAAAUGACCUCUACCAGACGCCGUUGCACUUAGCAGUGAUCACCAAACAGGAAGCUGUGGUGGAAGACUUACUGAGGGCCGGGGCUGACCUGAGCCUUCUGGACCGCUUGGGUAACUCUGUUCUGCACCUAGCUGCCAAAGAAGGACAUGAUAAAAUUCUCGGUAUUUUACUCAAGCAUAAAAGGACAGCACUACUUAUCGACCAUCCCAAUGGGGAAGGUCUGAACGCCAUUCACAUAGCCGUGAUGAGCAACAGCAUGCAGUGUCUGCUGCUGCUGGUGGCCGCAGGGGCAGACGUCAACGCCCAGGAGCGGAAGGCAGGGCACACGGCGCUGCACCUGGCUGUGGAGCGCGACAACAUCUCCUUGGCCGGCUGCCUGCUUUUGGAGGGUGAUGCCCAUGUAGACAGUACCACCUAUGAUGGAACUACACCCCUUCACAUAGCGGCCGGAAGAGGGUCCACCAGGCUGGCAGCUCUUCUCAAAGCAGCAGGAGCAGAUCCCCUGGUAGAGAACUUUGAGCCUCUCUAUGACCUGGACGACUCUUGGGAAAAAGAUGGAGAGGAUGAAGGAGUCAUUCCUGGAACCACACCUCUAGAUAUGGCCACCAACUGGCAGGUAUUCGACAUAUUAAAUGGGAAACCAUAUGAGCCAGAGUUUACAUCUGAUGAUUUACUGGCACAAGGAGACAUGAAACAGCUGACCGAAGAUGCCAAGUUGCAGCUCUACAAGUUGCUAGAAUUUCCUGAUCCAGACAAAAACUGGGCUACUCUUGCACAGAAAUUAGGUCUGGGAAUACUCAAUAAUGCCUUCCGGCUGAGUCCCGCUCCCUCUAAAACUCUCAUGGACAACUACGAGGUCUCUGGGGGCACAAUAAGAGAGCUGGUAGAGGCCCUCAGACAGAUGGGCUAUACCGAAGCCAUUGAAGUGAUCCAGGCGGCCUUCAGCACCUCAGGAACUGCAGCCCCCAGCCCAGUGAAGACCUCCCAGGUCCACCUGCUGCCUCUCUCGCCUGCCUCCACAAGACAGCAAAUAGAUGAGCUCCAGGACGACAGCAUCUGUGACAGCGGCGUGGAGACAUCCUUCCGCAAACUCAGCUUUACAGAGUCUCUGACCAGCAGCAGCUCAUUGCUAACUCUUAACAAAAUGCCCCACGAUUAUGGGCAGGAUGGACCUAUAGAAGGCAAAAUCUAGCCUUCUGGCAAUUCCCAACCUGUAAACCAAAGUUCUGAAAUUCCGUGGUAUUGUCCAAAAGAGGGUAAAGUGCAUCCAUCCAGUGGUGCUUGGAGGAAAACCUGCCAGCCUGAAUCGCUCUUGAUUUAACUCAAAGCCUUUGAAACGUGGUUUCCUUUCUUGAUUCUUAAAUGAAUUUCAGUUCGGCUCACUUGCAGAUAGUAUCUAGCCGUCACAGCCUUCGGCGAGGCUGGUGCUUCGUUGGGGGUGAGAUAACUUGUUGAGCUUUACUAGCUGCUUUCUGUUGUCAUUGCUGCCAUCCCUCUGCUGCUGUCAUUAAAAAGUCUCACGGUCCCUGCCUGGUAUUCUCUCUGGCCGUCCACAGCACAGUCGUGCAUUCAGAUUAAGAAUUAAGAAAAUUCUUAAUAUUUUAUUAAGAAUAUUUUAAAUGAGAUAUUUUGAAAUGCAAGUGAGUUGGUGUAUGAUAAAAAAAAAGGCUUACUACUUUUUCUAAUGUGCUUACCUCUGUGAUUUGAAAAAAAGAACAUGUAUGUGUUAAUAUUUAAACAUGGUUACAAUCAGUGCUGAAAAUGGUAUUUUCCCCUUUUUCUGCAUUUCGCUAUUGUAAAUAUGUUUUUUAGAUCAAAUACUUUAAAGGAAAAAAUGGAUUUAUAAAUGCUAUUU